CUGCCAGGGAGGUGCCGCGAGGGGCGGCGCCGCUCCGCCGCUCGGUCGCUCCGCCGUUCCGGGUUUUCGUGGCGGCUGCAGAAAGAGCGAGGGAAGCAAGAGGGAAAAGCACAGUCAAACCCGCGGCUGCUCCACGGACAGGCGAGGUGGGAGCGCGUUCGCGCUGGGGGCGGGGCCUAGGCGGGGCAGGGAAAGCCCAGCCCCUGCCUGAAGUGGACCUGGCUGCGGCGCUCUCCCCGGCCGGGAACGGUGUUCAGUCACUCAACAAAUGUGGAGCCCUACUGCGACCCGCCCGAUCCUGGAUGCCGAGACACCCGCACUGCGCCAGAAAAACAUGGUCCCAGUCCCAGGAGCGGACAUUCCAGAAACAGACCAUAAAUAAACACAGAAGACACACGAAUGUAAAGUCAGUGCCCGGCUGCGCAUUAAAUCGGGGUGAUGUGAUGGCGAGUGAGUGGGUAGUUAAUUCGGAUGGCUUGGUGAGACGAGGCCUCGCUGAGCAGGUGCCACUGAAGCCGAGGUCUGAAGGCAGAGCAGGAACCUGCGGGCGAAGGUCGCUAUCCGAACCGCGAAUCGCCAGUUUCCCUGGGGAGGUUGGCCGCGGAGGGAUCACUGCUCGAAGGAUCGAGGGAGCGGGCGCUGUAGGUGUUUUCGGCAGAGAUGCCCGCCCGCAUCAGAGUGCCCCAGUGAGGAGGAGACGGAAGAGAGGGCGGGGACCCCGCAGGGCCGAGAGCGCCCUGGGGUUCAGUCCCGGGGCUGGUGGCUGCAGGCGCGGCCUCUAGGUGCGGGCGGAUAACAAAACCCGGCGCCGGAUCGCCCGGCCCGGGUCGCGGGCGCCGCAGGAUGUAGGCAGAAGGCCCGCCUGUUCCGAGCCUUAAAUCAACACCUGCGGUUCCCGGGGGUGCCACCAUUGGGGCCCGCAGCACGGCUCCGCGGCGCUAGGCCCGAGAAACUGAAACUCCCCUAGUCGCCCCUGCCCCCCAGCACUCGCACUAUUGCCUCCAGCCCCGAGCCACCAUUGUUUCCAGUGCCAAAUCGGGCAGCCCCGCUAGCCUCCGGGACCGAACCGCCAGGGGCCCAUAAGCCCCGAGGAGGCUCGUCGGGGACCGCUUCCUUCUCCUCCUGUCGGUAUGCGCAUCGCCACCACCCUCGCUGCAAAGGCCGCCGCCCUCCCAGCGCGCCAUCACCGCCUCCUCUGCCUCUUCCCCUUCCUCAGCCCCGGCCCCUGCAUUGACAUGGCUCGGGCUGCGCCUCACUGCGCCUGCCAACUGUCACACGCUCCGAGGCUUUCAACAGCGGGGCGCCAGGGACAAACAAGCCGCGGCAAGCGCAAACAGCCUGCGCAAACAGGGACGGCCAGGGUGUUGUUUGACCAGCACUGGAAUUGGAAACUAGGUUUCGAAGAAGUCAAAUCGAAGUACAAUAUUGUAUUUUAAACUGUCUUUUGUUAUUACAUCCCUCAGAAUCCACGCUCUACUUGAAACUUCCCGUGGAUACCAACUGCACUUAGAAUAAAAAAUGAAACUCCUUGCCUAACUCUGGGACCUCAUCAGCACAUACUCACCAUGUUUUGGUCACAAAGGCCUUCAUGCUGUUCCCAGAAGUCGCCAAGUUCCAUCCAUCAUUGUUAAUCAUUCCUUUUGCUCGCUCCUCGCACAAGAACUGUUUCUUCUCCUUAGUGCUUUGCCUACUGAUUCCAUCUUGUCCUUUAAGUCUCAGCUCAAAUGUCACCUCUGCAAAGAACCCUCGUCUGACCAUACAUCUAAAAUAGCCACAAACACUCUAUAAAGACUUGGCCUUGCUUUAUUUCCUUCUCAGCACUCAUCACUGUCUGAAACAAUGUUUUGCAUUUGUUGCUUGUUAUCAGUCUCCCUCUCAAGAAUGCAAGCUUUGUGAGGGCAGGGUCGUAAUCUUUUUUAAGGCUGUAUCCCCAAUGCCUGGGUAAGUAUACAAUAAAUAAUUUUUGCAUGAAUAAGUGAAGGA